AUGAACAAGUAUUUUGAAGAGAAAAGGGUAACAUACGGUGACCUGGAGAAGCAGAUGUUGGCAAUGAAAUCAAAGCCAUCUGAGGAUCGUAAGAAGAUGGCUGCUCUGUACUUCUUAGCCAGCAUCCUCGUCGGAGGCCGAAAGAGUGGUGAGGGAGCAUCACCUGUGGACAGUUUCUUCCUGACUGUUGUUGAUGACCUAGAUGCAUGUGAAACGUUCCCUUGGGGGCGGUAUGCAUUCGAACAUAACUUGAAAGAUGUCUCUACCUUCUUGGAGAAGUGUGACGGGGUUGCGCCGACGAGUUGGGUUUUUACAAGCUUUCCUAUCCCUUUGGAGUUGUUGGCCUUUGAGGCAAUUCCAAGCUUGAGGAACCAUUUUCGAGAAAAUGUGAGUGGUUGCCCGCGGAUGUGCAAGAUGCAGUACAAACGCAAAAGUGGAACCAGGGAACUCAGUCUGAAUGCCGUGAACGAUAAAAUUGGUAAUAGUACAAAGGAUAUUGAGAGUAUCUUGGUAGCAACAGCAGCUGAGAAGGAACUUCUGGAAACCAUAGGGAUUGACAAGGAAAGUUGUUGGGCCGAUGACGACGAUGAUGCAGCAGUUGAUCGUUGGACGAAGAUAAUACGGAAAGGGAAGAAACAAGCUCAUGCAGAAUCUGGUCAGGCUCAUGCAGAUUCGGUCGAGGCUACUGGAGCUACUCCUGGAGCUACUCCUGAAUCUGCUUUUGAAGCGAUGGAAGGUCGGCUUAUGAAUGCAGUCCGAGAGGCUAUGAAGGAAGUAAACGAAAAAGUCACUUCAUUGUCGGAUAAGCUAGCUCUUCUAGAAGAGGAGGUGAAAAGUCUUAGGUUGAGUGACAAGCCGGUAGACCAAGAUGCCCCUCAGAAGCAGGCGGACCAAGAUGCCCCUCAGAAGCAGACUGACCAAGAUGAUAGUAGUGAGUGA